CCAAAUUCGUCAAAUUUUUUAUAGCUAGCGAGACGAAAACAUGUAUGACUUUCGCUGUUCUUUUCUCAUGAGUAACAAUGGAAGCAUUUACGCCUAGAAACAGAAUAAAAAGAAAAAGAGGAGAAAAGAAAAUACUUCGGAUAUGGAGGAACAAUACCAUUCCCAUCCCACCACGUUUGAAAUUUUAUAAUUUAGACGCUCCAUUCCCACUUCCGAAAACCUCAAGAAGAUUCGAAUUUUUUGCUUCGAUGGAACCCCAAAUCUUUCAAAGACUACUAAACGAGAAGGGGUUUGGCUGAUAGGUUAAAGGUCUCUAUUUUUAACGAAGGAAAUGGCGCUGGAAUUGGUGGGUGGAGCUGUUUUGGGGGCUGUGGUUGGGGAGCUGUUCAAAGCGAUCUUGAAUUUGGGCGAAAGGGCCAUCAAUUUCAAUCCUGUUCUUAAUGAUAUCCGUUCCAAGUUAAAUGCUAUAAUCCCUUUGGUGAAGCAAAUCGAUGAACUUAAUGAGUAUCUCGAUUACCCAAAAGAAGAAACAGAGAAGUUGAUGGAUCUAAUGGAUGAAGGGAAGAGGUUGCUUCUCCAGUGCGGCGACGUGAAAUUGGGGAAUGUUAAUUAUUUGAAGAAACCAUUUUACACCCAAAAGCUUCGGGAAUUGGAUUCUUCACUUCGAAGCUUCAUGGAUGUUCUGAUGUUGCAGAUGGCUAGAGAUCAGAAGAAGAACUUGAAGAUGAUGGACCAAAUGAUGGAGAUCAUUUUUAGACUUGAUAACAAAGGUAGGUCGAGCUCGAACAAGGCUAUGGAUUUGAUUGUACCGCCAUGUUUAGUUCCUCAACUGCAAGAAGAAACUGUUGGGUUGGAGAAGCCAGUUAAGGAGUUGAAGGUGAAACUUUUCAAAAAUGGGGUUCAUAUGUUGGUGGUGACAGCUCCUGGAGGCUGUGGAAAAACUACGCUGGCCUUGAAAUUUUGCCAUGACAAAGAAGUCAAAGAUAUAUUCCAGGAGAAGAUCUUAUUUGUUACAGUUUCAAGAAAACCAGAUUUGAAGCUUAUAUUAAAAGACAUAAUUGAAAGCCUUAGAGGUAUUCAAUUGCCUGAUUUGCAAAGUGAUGAACGUGCAUUCUGCUAUUUAGAACUUUGGCUGAAGCAAACUGGUCUAAAUCAUCCUGUAUUGAUUGUGUUAGACGAUGUGUGGAAUGGGCAAGAAUCUGAAGAACUUCUUGAUAAGCUUUUUCAAUUGCCUCGCUGCAAGAUCUUGGUCACUUCUAGGUUUUAUUUACCAAGAUUUAGUGAGUCCUAUUAUUUGGAACCUUUGAAUCACGAGAAUGCAAUACAACUUUUUCGUCGUGCAGCAUCAUUAGACAAAGGAAUUUCUAAGCUCCCUGAUGAUGAAACUGUAGAAAAGAUAAUUGGGGGAUGCAAGAGACUCCCUCUUGCAUUGAAGGUAAUCGGAAGGUCGCUUUCUCACAGACCGACAUCGGUUUGGAAAGUGACAGGGAGGAAUUUAUCUAGACAUGGCUCCAUAUUUGAUUCUGGGAAAGAACUUCUUGAAUGCCUACAGAGCAGUCUGGAUGUCUUGGAUGAUAACAUGGUAACUAAGGAGAGUUUUAUGGAUUUAGGUUCCUUUCGCGAAGAUCACAGAAUUGCUGCUUCUACCUUCAUUGACAUUUGCACAGUUUUGUACAAAGGAGACGAAACUGAAGCAAUGGUUAUCCUCGACGAACUAUCCUCUCGGAGUCUAGUUAAUUCUGUCACGACGAGAAAAUAUGCAUAUGAUGAUGACGACUCCUACGAAGAGUACUUUUAUACUCAGCAUGAUAUUCUUAGAGAUUUGGCUAUCCACUUGAUGAAUAUGGAGCCCAUAGAACAAAGGAAAAGAUUGAUCUUGGACAUUAAUAGAAAUGAUCUUCCCAAAUGGUGGGUUGAUCAAGAAAAGCAUCCUUCCAAUGCUCACCUUAUAUCCAUAACCACAGAUGAGAGUUUCUCAUCAAGUUGGCCUGACAUGGAAGCACCUGAAGUGGAGGUUCUGAUUCUUAAUCUUCAGUCAAGAACUUACAACUUGCCUGGGUUCAUCAAAAGAAUGAAUAAACUGAAAGUUUUGAUAAUCACAUGUUAUGGUUCUUUUCUAACAGAGGUGACAAGUGAAGAUCAUCAACUACUCAACUGUCUAACGAGUCUUCAACGAAUCAGGUUCGAGCGGAUUUCAGUUCCUAUCUUUAGUAAUCCAAACCUGAAACCGCUGAUAAAUCUGCAGAAAAUAUCCUUCUUUAUGUGCAAAUUUGGUAAAAAUUUCAUGAACCUUUCAACCCAAAUCUCGGAUUUGUUGCCAAACUUGCUGGAGAUUUCCAUAGACUUUUGCAACAACUUGAGUGCAGUCCCCAAUGGGCUUUGUGAAAUUGUCAAGUUGCAGAAGCUAAGCAUUACAAAUUGCCAUGGACUAUCUUCCUUGCCAGAAAAUGUAGGAAAGCUGAUUAAUCUAAAAAAAUUGAGGCUAAGAUCUUGCAUUCACUUAGAAGAGUUGCCGGAGUCGACGACGGAACUUCGGGAAUUAGUGCUGCUUGAUAUAUCUAACUGUCUUGGUCUUGCCAAGCUCCCUGAUAAGAUUGGUGAAUUGCGUCAAUUAGAAAAGCUUGACUUGAGGCACUGCUCGAGUUUGCGCAACCUGCCACUGUCAGUUAGAAACCUGAAAAAGUUGAAGCUUUUAUGUGAUGGAGAGGUUGCAGAGUGGUUGAAAAAGGUUGCACCCCGCCUUGCUAAACAGGUGAAAGUGCAAGACGAAGAACCCAACCUGGAGUGGCUUGGUUUAUGAACCAUUCUUUGAUUUAAAACAUUUGUUCGUUUACUCCUUUGUGUUUAGACCGAGUACAGCUCAAUUAAUUAGGCUUAUGUGUCUGCUCGGAUGGGCUCAAAAAAUUCACCCAUAGUUUGAAUUAGUAAGGUAAUAAUUAAUAUUGUGAGGAAAAAAAAAAUUAAGUCUUGAAAUUUGGUAAAAACUAGUUGGGUUGAAUUUUCGAUAAGAUCUUUAAUAAUUCAUGCAACUUAGUGUUUGUUUGGUUCUUUAAUGUUAAUGUUAAAUGUCGUCUACAAUUUGGUUUAA